UAGCUAAACAGGAAGUCGGGCUACAUGUCAGCAUACGACGACUGAGAAAAUACUUGUAUAGAAUUGUAUAUAAUUCAUAUCUUCAUGAACGCUGAAACAGAGAGUGAAAAGAUCGAAACCGCACUGAGGAAAAGACGACUUUUGGGGGGCGGAGACUAUUGUGAAAGCGCGGCAGCGGAAGUGACAUUGACUGUCCCGUAGCUGCUAGUCCCAGCUGACACUCGGACGCUCACGUUCGGAAAGAAAUCAACACGGGACCGAACCGAACCGAACACACAACCGGACGGAAGCUCGACUUUAAGGCGCCAGCAGUGCGCGCGGUAGGAAGCCUUUAUUGGGGACAUUUUUCCUCUGACGGAGACGUGCUAAGCUAAUGCUAACGGAGCGAGCCCGUGUGCCGUGUACGUUGCAUGCAGUCGUUUGUGUCGUGAAUGCUAAGUGUUAACAGUCACAACGCAAACAGUCCACUUAAAACGCGAGCGCGAAGGUAAGCGAGCAUGUUUGCGUUGGCUGCAGCUUGUCGACACGAGAACGAUGAAACUUGAUGACAAGUUAGGGAUUCCUGACGCUCCAACCUGCCGAACGUUCUGCCACGUGAGAGAAAAAUCGAACUAUUAAUGCUGAAAACUAUUACUGGAAAUCCACUUGAAUGGAGUUGCCAAGGGUAACGGAGUAAGGGAAGCGGUCGGGGUGAUGCCACUGCACAUGGUCGUCAUGGAGAACGGACAGCACGGCAACACGACGACGACGACGACGACGAGGCUCGGCCUGCCGCCGCUCACUCCUGACCAGCAGGAGGCGCUGCAGAAGGCUAAGAAGUACGCCAUGGAGCAGAGCAUCCGGAAUGUUCUCGUCAGGCAGAACAUUGCUCAGCAACAGCAGCUCAGCGGACUGCAGAUGGCAUCCUUGUCAAUGGGUUUAGGUGAACUUUCACCUCUGCAGUCAGUGGCUGCCCAACGCCAGCGCGCCCUGGCCAUCAUGUGUCGCGUGUACGUGGGCUCCAUCUACUACGAGUUGGGCGAGGACACCAUCAGGCAGGCCUUCAUCCCCUUCGGACCAAUAAAAAGCAUCGAUAUGUCCUGGGACUCCGUCACCAUGAAGCACAAGGGUUUCGCAUUUGUGGAGUACGAGACGCCGGAAGCCGCUCAGUUGGCACUGGACCAAAUGAACUCUGUCGUCCUGGGAGGACGAAACAUUAAGGUGGGCCGGCCCAGCAACAUCGGGCAGGCGCAGCCGAUCAUCGAGCAGCUGGCGGAGGAAGCUCGCGUCUUCAACCGGAUCUACGUGGCGUCUGUUCAUCCCGACCUGUCGGACGGUGACAUCCGGAGUGUCUUCGAGGCCUUCGGCAAGAUCAAGUCAUGCAUGUUGGCCCAUGAGCCGACCACGGGACGUCACAAAAGCUACGGUUACAUCGAGUACGACAAGCCUCAGUCCGCAGUCGACGCGGUGGCCUCUAUGAACCUGUUUGACCUGGGCGGCCAGUACUUGCGAGUGGGGAAGGCCGUCACCCCGCCCGUGCCACUCAUCGGCGCCUCCGGAGACCUCACCGCAGCCGCCAACUUCACUGCACAGGAUCCAGUGGGCGCGUCGGUGCUGCGAGCGCUGGCCGGUCUUCCCCAAGGCGUCAUGGCGGCUCAGGCUCCAGGCGUCAUCACAGGCGUGACCCCGGCUCGACCCGGGCUGCCGCAAGUGGCUCUGGUCAAUCCCGUCCUGGCCACGCCCCCUGCCCCGAGGACGCAGGAAGCGCUCCGCCAGGGGGCGCGUUUGGACGAGAGUAAACACGAACAGAUGGACGGACACCACGAUAUCAACAAGAUCAUACGCAAUCCCAAAUCCCGCGUGAUGGUUCUGAGGAACAUGGUGGGCCAGGACGACAUCGACGACGACCUGGAGGGAGAGGUCACCGAGGAAUGCGGGAAGUUUGGCCAGGUCAAGCGAGUGGUCAUCUACCAGGAACGUCAGGGAGAGGAAGAGGACGCCGCCGUCAUCAUCAAGAUCUUCGUCGAGUUCUGCCACACGGCCGAGAUGAACCGGGCCGUUUGGGCUCUGGACCGCCGCUGGUUCGGAGGUCGCAAAGUGGCGGCCGAGGCGUACGAGCAGGACCGCUUUGAGAAUAACGACCUGUCGGCGUAGACGGCGGCCCGUGGCGACCUGUCGGCGUAGACGGCGGCCCGUGGCGACCUGUCGGCGUAGACGCCGGCCAACGGGCCGCCGCCGCCUCAGGAAGUAACGUAAGGGGCGGCGUAAGGUCCCGCUUUGGUUUCAGAACCCGAAUCGGGCCUCGAAUGAGCGGCUAAGUCAGCGCGCUCAGUCGACCCGUUAGUUCCGACGGCACCUUUUAGAAAACAGGAAGUGGACGUAAAGAACCUCGGUAACGUUUGUCAGCCGUCUUAAGAAUGCGAGUAAAUGUUUACGGUCACCAUGGGAACCACAUUACCACCGCUGUGCUCCACGUGUGACGUAGCCUGAUUAAUAAGUUCCCCCACAACUUUGUUUGACUCUCAAAUAAUGUCGACAAACACUUUGUAAAGGUUUAUCUUUGUUUUAUAUAAAAGCAAACAAAGAAUAAACACUUUGUAAAGGUU